CUACGCUCGGCGACCUUUCUUUGACUUUGGUGAACGAAUCAGUCAUUAUUUAAGACACUUAACAGCAUCCGAAGGAAUCGUUGUGUAUAAUUUCUAUCUAAUAUCAUCUAAAAGUGAUUUAAAUUUGAAGAUAACUAAAAGUGAAAGGGGAAAAAUAAGCUUAACUAUUACAAAAAUGGCAUUAAACAAACUCAGCAUAGAUAAAGUGGAUCUCACUAACAAAAGGGUUCUUAUGCGAGUGGAUUUCAACGUACCGCUUAAAGAAGGAAAAAUAACAAACAAUCAAAGAAUCGUAGCUGCUUUAGAUUCGAUUAAGUAUGCACUUGAUAAGAAAGCAAAAUCAAUUGUUUUGAUGUCCCAUUUGGGACGACCAGAUGGUAAAAAAGAUGAGAAAUAUACAUUAAAACCUGUUGCGGAUGAAUUGAAAACACUUUUGGGAAAAGACGUACAAUUUUUGAAUGACUGUGUCGGUCCUGAUGUAGAAGCAGCUUGUGCUAACCCUGCACCUGGAACAAUUAUUUUGUUAGAAAAUUUAAGAUUCUAUAUUGAAGAAGAAGGAAAAGGAGUUGGUCCUGAUGGAAGCAAAGUUAAAGCUGACAAAGAUAGCGUUACAAAGUUUAGGGCAUCUUUAAGAAAAUUAGGAGAUGUUUAUAUAAAUGAUGCUUUUGGAACUGCCCAUCGUGCUCAUAGUUCGAUGAUGGGAGAUGGAUUUGAUAUUAGAGCUAGUGGUUUCCUUCUUAAGAAAGAAUUGGAAUACUUUGCGAAAGCUUUAGAUAAUCCGGAACGUCCAUUCUUAGCUAUCUUAGGUGGAGCUAAAAUUGCGGAUAAAAUCCAAUUAAUUAACAACCUCCUAGACAAAGUUAAUGAAAUGAUUAUAGGUGGAGGAAUGGCUUAUACGUUUUUAAAAAUUUCUAAAAAUAUGAAAAUUGGUAGUUCUUUGUUUGAUGAAGAGGGUUCAAAAAUUGUAAAUGAUUUAUUGGAAAAAGCAAAAAAAAAUAAUGUUCAGAUUCACUUGCCAGUGGACUUUGUAACAGCAGAUAAAUUCGCAGAAAAUGCUGCUGUAGGUGAAGCUACAGUAGAAGGUGGUAUACCUGAUGGUUGGAUGGGUUUGGAUGUUGGACCAAAGUCUAGAGAGUUAUUUGCAGAACCAAUUAAAAGGGCAAAAGUAAUAGUAUGGAAUGGACCAGCUGGAGUGUUUGAAUUUGAAAAUUUCAGUAAAGGCACAAAAAGUUUAAUGGAUAAUGUUGUAGAAGCUACUGGUCGUGGUACGAUUACUAUUAUAGGUGGCGGUGACACUGCAACUUGUGCUGCUAAAUGGAAAACUGAAGAUAAAGUGAGUCAUGUGAGCACAGGUGGUGGUGCAAGUUUAGAACUACUCGAAGGAAAAGUUUUGCCUGGUGUAGCUGCACUCUCUCCAUCUUAAAGUAUAAUUGUCAAAAAGACACGAACAUAUAUAUAUUUUAGUUCCAGUUAAAAGUACAUAUUGCGUAAUAAAGUAUGUAAUAUUAAACAAA